GAGUUGCUGCACUCUGUGGGUCAUUUUUUGUUUUCAUCAGCGAGUGACUUCCAAGCCUGUUACGGCUGACCCACCUCUGCUUUCAACUCGUGUAAUCUCUUGGGGUCAUUAAAAGUGAUCAACUAUGGCUGCAACAGUUGCCAGACACAAGCACGUGCACAUCAGCCACGACUACCACAGUGCACAGUCUAAGGUUGUAGCAAAGCAGUAUACAAGCUCUGAGGUUGUGGAGGACGAUUAUCAUCACAAACAAGAAACAAGAAUCCAGGGAGUGGUGCGGAAGAAGAUGGUUGAGAAGUACGUUCGUGAGGAGUCUAUGAUCAGGGGUCCUCAAUUCCUGACCACACUCCGAUCCCAUACCGUUUGGGAGCACACUCCUGUGAAACUAUACUGUACGGUUGAGGGUUACCCUACCCCACUUGUGAAAUGGUAUAAAGAUGGUGUCAGCAUUGACAUGUCAUCAAUUAAAUACAAUGUGCAGGACAAUGUCGGAAUUCAUACCCUGGAGAUUGCCAAGUGUGAAACUGAUGACACUGCGCAGUACACUGCUGUGGCUGGUAACAUUCAUGGACAGGUCUCUACUCAAGCCUCUGUCAUUGUCAAGAGGAUCAGAGAAGAAGGCCAUUCAUCUUCCUAUGCAUGGCUUCCUUACACAAUUCCCAUGUUGCCGGAGAUCAAAUACACCAAGAUCAACAUCACCUUCCUGGAGACUUUUGGCUCGGUCUUUGGAACAGAGGGAGACACGAUCACCUUGGCCGCCACAAUGACCGCUACUCCUAACCUAGCCAAUCUGCAGCCUGAAGCUCAAUGGUUCAGAGACGAUCAUCGGCUGUCAGACUCCAAGUGGGUGAAGAUAGAGUCUGCUAGAGGCGAGACCAAGCUGACCCUGCCUCACCUGAACAAGGAUGAUGAGGGUGUCUACUCACUCCGUAUGGUUACAAAGGGGGGAGAUGCUGUCCACAGUGCAUUUGUUUCCUGUGCAGAUGGUCCUCCCCCAGUGCCUGGAGCUCCAGGUGCCCCUAUGGACAUCAAGAUCCAUGACGCCAACAGAGAUUAUGUCAUCGUUUCCUGGAAGCCUCCCAACACCACCACUGAAGGCCCCAUCAUCGGAUACUUUGUAGAUAGAUGUGAAACUGGAACUGAAAAUUGGGUGCAGUGCAAUGACUCCCCCAUUAAGAUCUGUAAAUACCCUGUGCCUGGCCUGUUCGAGGGCCACUCCUACUAUUUCCGUGUGCGGGCAAUAAACUCACACGGCAUCAGCAAGCCCUCCAGAAUGUCUGACCCCAUCGCCGCCCUGGACCCCACUGAAUUUGAAACACUCCAUGCCAUCAAGUUGGGUGGAAAACUUGACGUUGUAAUUUACCACGAUGACGUUGAAGAUGGGAAGAAAGUACCAGGAACCCCCUCCAAGUUGCACGCUUCAGAGACCGACCGAACAUAUGUUGUCCUCAGCUGGAAACCUGCUCCUUAUCGGGGCCAGGCCCCAGUGUGGUACUAUAUUGAGAAGUGUUUGGCCGAGAGCGGUGCGUGGCAGAGGGUGAACACUCAGGUACCCGUGAGAUCUCCUCGCUAUGCCGUGUUCGAUUUGGCUGAAGGAAAACAGUACUUGUUCCGCGUGCUGGCUGCAAACAUGUACGGCACCAGUGAAGCCUCUGAGCCCACAGAGCCCAUUCAGACUCAAGAGCUGCGCGGGGUCCCCUCCGCUCCUGGUCAGGUGGUUGCCACAAGGGAGACUGAUACAUCUCUUCUUAUCCAAUGGGCUGAACCCAAGGAGCCUAAUAAUCUUAUUGGCUACUACAUCGAUGUGUGUGUAAAAGGCUCCAAGGACUGGGCUUCAGCUAACCACAAACCUCACAAGAACAACAAGUUUGUGGUUCAAGGUUUGACCACUGGUGAGACAUAUGCUUUCCGUGUGCAAGCCAUCAAUGAGCUGGGUCUUAGUGAUGAAUCACAGGAGUCCUCCCCCCUCUCUGUCAAAGCUGCACUCACGACUCCCUCUGCUCCAUAUGACAUCGCUCUGCUGGCCUGUGACGGAGAGUCUAUGGUUCUGAACUGGAAGCACCCAGUCCACUCCGGUGGCUCUCCGGUGGUUGAAUACUACAUUGACAAACACAGGCACGGAGAACACACAUGGAGAGAGAUCAACAUCCCACCAAUCAAAGAGCGGCUGUUCAAGGUUGAACAUCUGAGUGCAGGUGCAGUCUAUGAGUUCAUGGUGUAUGGUGGAAGUCUUGCUGGUCUUGGUGCCCCCUCUGCCCCCAGCAAGGCCUUCCAUUGUGAUGCCUGGACCAUACCCGAGCCAGGUCCAGCCUAUGACAUGACUUUAUGCGAGAUCCGUGAUGACUCUGUGGUGGUGGAGUGGAAGGCUCCCGUCUACACUGGCACCAGCCCGAUCACAGGCUACUUUGUUGACUUUGCAAAAAAAGGCUCAGAUGAAUGGCACUGUUCCAACGAGAGCCACGCUGUCAGUCACCGCUACCACAAGGUGACUGGGCUGGAGGUUGGAGUGUCCUAUGUGUUCAGAGUGCGCGCGGCAAACGCUGAAGGUGCCGGCAAGCCUUCCUUGGCUUCUAACCCUGUGGUUGCCAAAGCAGUGGAAGGUGCCCAGGAGAUGACCUGCACAGUGGACGAGGAGUCAGGUGACUUCAUCCUGUCAUUUGAAAGUUGUCAAAUUACAGAGAGCUCCCACUUUGUGUGGAAGAAAUUCUACAAGGAAAUCACUGACUUCUCCAAAGGCAUUGUCAUCAAAACAGAGGGCAAUAUCUCUAAGCUUAUUUUCAAGCACCCAGACCAGGGGGAUGUGGGCUGCUUCUCCGUUUCUGUAACUAACACUGGUGGUGUUUCUGCCAGCCAUGAAAUCCAUGCCGACGAGCUGGAGAAAAUGCUGGCAAAGAGCUAUGGUAUUCGACACCCAGUGAUCCCUCUAAAGACUCAGCUGGCCUACAAGAUUCUGGAGCGCGGCCGCAUGCUCUUCUGGCUGCAGGCUGAGCACAUCUCCUCUGCUGUCACCUAUAAGUUCUUAGCUAACAACAAUGAACUCUCACCGACUAAUCCAAAUCAUGCGAGUCAUGACGUGGAGGCUGGCAUCAUUGAGUUUGUGCUGGAUCAUUUCACAGAGGAUAGCGAGGGUACCUUUACUGUUCAGAUCGAGGAUGGCAAAGCCAGAGGACAGUCCUCUCUGGUGCUUAUCGGAGCUGAUUUCAAGGCAGCUCUCGCUGACGCAGAACACCAAAGGAGCGAGUACGUCAGAGUGAAAGACGGCCCCCACUUCAGUGAGUUUUUGUCAGUCCAUGUCGGGGAUGACUGCUCUGUGGCACUCAUCUGCAAGGUGGAUAAUCUGAAGAAGGAAACUGCGCUGCACUGGUUUAAGGAUGCCGUUGAGAUUACCCCUGAAGGGCCAGUCAAUCUGGCAUCUGGAUCCUGCAAGCUUCCUAUUUCCCUGUUCUCCAAGGCUUCCACUGGCAUUUAUAAAGCUACCAUCAGUGACGACAGAGGAAAGGAUCAGUCCCAAAUUGAAAUAUCUGGCCAUGCUUUUGAUGAAAUUAUCAACAAGCUUUCUAAACUUGCUGGAUCCUCUGCAGCUGAGUUGGCAAUUCACUGCACAGCAACAGGCAUUCAGCUCCAAUGCCACAUGAAAUACUACACAGAGGAGAUGAAAAUUCACUGGCUGCACGUGGAAAGGAAACUCUCUCACUCUGAGAAGGUGCGUAUUGGAGGUACCCCAGCCAUGGCCACUAUGGAGAUCAUUGAACCCACAGACAGGGAUAAGGGUCUUUACCACAUCCAGAUAAUAGAUACGGAUAAGACCUAUACUCGCACCAUCGACCUCUCUGGACACGCCUACGAUAAAGCCUUUGCGGAAUUCACAACUCUCAAGGUGGAAGCAUAUGCUGAAGCCAACCGUGGCAAAGUGCUGGGCGGUCUCCCUGAUGUUGUUACCAUCAUGGAGAAGAAGACKCUGAGUUUGACCUGCACAGUGUGCGGUGACCCCAAACCUCAAGUCACCUGGUUAAAAAAUGGRGCAGAGGUGUAUACCGAUGACCAGUACUUGGUGUCCCUCGAGUCCGGGAAGUUCGCCAGUCUCACCAUCAAGCGUGUGUCCCUGGAAGACUGUGGCAGGUAUACUAUGACGGUGCAGAACAAAUAUGGAGGAGAGUCCGUGGAUAUCAUUGUGAGCGCCUACAAGCAUGGAGACACGAUUCCACAGGCCAAACCAACGCUAACGCCCAAGUCCAUCAUCSCACCUAAACGUCCUAUUGAGAUCCCAGGUCCCAAGGUUGUCACCCCUGCCCCUUCCCCAGCUCCUUCCCAUGUCUCUUCUCCAGCCGGUGCCAAGUCCCCCACCUCUCCUAAGGGACUGAAGUCUCCCACCCCAGCUCGUAGCAUGAAGUCCCCUACCCCAACAAAGAGAAAGUAAACAACCAAAGCACUUCAAUUCCAAAGAGAGACAAGACAAUGAAAAGUGAUUGAUCUUUUUGCAUGAGUCAUGAAAUAUAACUUUAUUUAAAGCUAGAAUCCUUUAUUGAAACAAUAACAUAGCAACACCCCGUCUCUGUUUUGGUAAAAAGCUAUGGGAUGGGCCUGGUUAUACAGUGUUAAAACAAGCUUUUGGGUUUUGAUAGGUUAUGACAGUUAAACUAAUAUCAUGAGGCAUUUAUAAUUUAUUUUCAUUGAGAAUCAGGUAUAUAUCAUUAAUUUACAAGUCCAAAAAUGUAUGUUGCAUUAGAAGGCACAUUCAGCUUAGUAAACCUUGAUGACAACCCCCCCAGUGAAAAAUGAGAGAUAUCUAGUCUUAAUGUUGGAAUCCUUAGAAUGAACUUGUCUCUGUCUCACUUUGGGCGCUUUGGUAAAAAUUGACCAGCUUUGAUGUUUAGUUUAUUACAUCUCUGUUUUAAAAGCUGCACUUUCAAUUAGUUGGUGCAAUGUUGAGGUAUUGGCUGUCCCUACGGAUGGAUAACCCCAAAGUGCUGGACCUCCACUUAGCCCACAGCGGCAGGCGCGGCGAUUCUAGUCACUGUCCCCAAUAAAUCACGUUACCCUUCUCGCCGCCGCAUGUCUCCGCCUGCUUUUGUGCUAAUAAAAAGGAGCAAAAAUCACUUCUCA